AUGCCUUGUGAGGACGUGUCGCUUUCCUUCAUCAGGAAGCACCAUUUCAAGGAUUCGCUAGCGUUAUUGGUGGUUUUUCUAAGCUUCAACCAUAUUGCGUCUUUAUUAUUGCUAGUAUCAUUCAGCAUUGUGACGCGAUCGCGCAACUUUCUGUCGGAAUGUUUCAUCCGGUUCUUCUUGCCCAAGAGCCAUUACAAUGGGUUUAUCAAUGACGACGAUUAUCAGAUCAAACCGGUGUGCGGUGGGUCUGUUCAGGUUGCUAGUGGGAAUUCAAAUGCUAGUGGGAAUGCGAAGAUUCCGAAGAAGAAAUUGGGGGCAGCAGCAGCGAAGCAGCAGCAACAACAACAGCAACAACAACAACAACAACAGCAACAACAGCAACAGCAACAACAGCAGCAACAGCAAUCACACCAUCAACAGCAGCAACAGCAGCAGCAGCAACCAACAGUUUUGAUUUCUGGCGGUGUGGAUCGGCCAUCGAUCUUGAGCGGUGGUGGAGAUAUAGGCAAGUCGAAGUAUGCUUCGUCGAAGAAGAAGAAGGUGUUUCUGUUGAUCCAGGAACUGUUGGUGGCAUCGUUGUUGAGAUACUAUGGGGAUAAGUACUUUUCGGAGCCUAUAGAGAAUUUAGCGAUGUCGAUUGUGGCGUCGUGUUUGGUGAACGAUCCGAAAGAUGCGCUCAGUGUAGCAACGACGUGUUCGAUAAUGUACGCAUUGUCCACGCAGUGGAUACAGAAGCUGAUGAUGAUUUUAGACAUCAAGAACACUUUUAUAGGGUUUCCAGCGAGGCCUUCGUCGGCACGCUUGAUAGAAAAGUACCCGCAACUCAUGCAUAAGCUGCCUGCGAUCUUUGAAGUUUUGUCGUUUUCGAGCAAGUACAUCAGGUAUGCGUCUUAUUUGGCGUCGUUCCAUGUGGUGGUGUCACAGAUCAAGCAGAACCUAAUAGUGCAAUCGUAUGAGCGCAAGAGUGAGAGCAUCAAUAGCAGUAAUAACAAUAACAAUAACAAUAGCAAUAACAAUAGCAGCAACGGCAGCACCAAUGGAGCGGAAACUCCCGGUGCAGCAGCAACCGGUGGGGCGAACAAUAGCGGUGAGAACGGGGCCAACGGCUCGCCUGCACUCACACCAGUUAAAGACACCUCUACUUCUAAUUCCCAUACUAAUGCUGGCAACGGCAGUGGUAUUCAAGCAGCUAGCAUGACGCAAGCGGCCAGCAUAUCGUCUAUUGUGUCUAAUGGUGCUGCUGGUUCUGCGGCAACAGGUACUGUAAGUGGUGGUGGUGGCGGUACUACCCCAGGCGGUACCCCAACGAACGGUUCCGUUUUUUUACAACCACUGCCUAUCUACUCAUCUUUGGUUAAAGACUCUUCGGUAAACGAUAUCAGCAUUACUUCACCAUCUGCUUCUAAUAACCAAACCUGGGUUCCCAACAUCACGACUGCAUUUUCAACGGACCACAAUCCGGACCACCGCAAUGACCUUUCUAACCAAGUAUACAACUUGGAGUUGAACCUUGACUCACAGGAUAAUUGUCCCAACCUUUCGACGAUCUCGACUGUUAACCUGCAAAACUUCGUCAGACAAUUGUUCCGGUGGAAGAACCACCAUAUCAUCCCUCCAAUCUGGGCCAUAUUCACAGCAACACAGACUUUGAUUUCGGAGAAGAACAACAUCAAGGUCUCGAAUGACAACGUUGCUCCGUUGACCACUACGGUUGCUGUUGACGACGAUAAAAUUGGGCCUACAGUGGGGAACAACAACAACAACGAGACAAGUGCGAACUCAGAACUGUCUCCGGUCAGUUCGGGUGCGAAUGGGAACGGGAACGGGAACGGGAACGGGAACGCGAAUGGCAUUGGCCAAGCCCAGGGCAAAGGUGUUUUCAGCAGCAAGUCUAUCUCGGACUCCAUGACGUUAAUUGCACCGGCAAUGGACGAUUACCACAAGUUAAACUUGGUGUCUACGGAAUUCAAGAACGACUACAGAGUGUGCAUCACGUUUAUUGGGUCGAACUCGAUCACAUUCCGGAUCGAUAGUCUUUUUGAAGGCGAGCUUAUCGUGCUUGUGAACGGGGUCAUAUGGUCGCAAGUCGGGUCUGCCAUCGUGCCUAGCGUUCCGGGACAAGAGUAUACGAUUGUGAGCGGACUUGUUCCGCUAUGCUCCUACGACAUCCAGUUCAUCAACCGGUUGAACGAGCUCGAGGACUACCUCAUCGCGGACCUCAUGGUAAGAACCAUCGGCAAGAGCGGCGACCAAGAGGCCCUCGACCUCAGCUUCCCGUCGUACUACCAUCGGAAGUUCUUGUCGCCGAUUCUCACUUUGCAGCACUCGAUUCUAACGACGAACGCGAACUUGGCUGAGGAAAGGGCCAAGCUGAAGAAAACGAGAAGAGAGGUGACGAAGAAGCUCAACACGAUGAAGCAGGACAUCGAGACGUUCAAGUCGAAGCUCGAGUUCAACGUGACGCAGGACGAGAAGAGCGCGUCCAAGGUGGAAAACUUGAAGAUGGCUUUGAAACAGGGCGAGAACCAAACGGCGCAGUUGGAGAACAAGUUAAAGCAAUUGACACAGGAGGAGAGCGAACUCGAGGAGGUAUACUUGAUCGAGAAGGACCGUCACUUCCAAAGGACGUUGGAAUGCAGCAAGGCUGAGGACCAAUGGAAGAUGAAGGUGAAGGAGACCGAGUCGCAAUUGAACAAGUUGAAGCAAGAGUUGCAACAGUUGCAGGUGAAGAAGAGCAAGAGUGUGAACAAGCACGUGAAGUUGCAGAAGGAAGUUGAUCAAAUGAACGACGAUUUCCACAAGUACAGUGCUGCGUUUUUGGAGAAGAGGAACAAAGAGCGUGUGGAGCGGAACCAGCUGCGUUCGCGCGAGGCGACGGACCUUGAGUUGAGAAUCAAGGGUCUUGAGCAGGAUAUCAGCCGUUUGGAGGGCGAAGCCAACCAGCUCCACCAGAUCAUACAGAACGGCGCCUUCUAG